CACAACAAACACAAGAGUGAUUGAGAGAAAAGCGUACAGGGAAGAAACUCAUCUGCACCUGCUUGUCCUCCUCGGUCAGUGUCAGCAUCUCCCCGAGCUCUCUCUCUCUCUCUCCAUCCAGCACAGCACCCGGCGUUCCAGCAUGUCUCUUUCCGGCUCGCAGACACCAGAGGACGGACUUUACGGCUCCUGGGUCGAACUGGAAGAGCUGAUCGCAGCCGUGAGCCGCAGGGAGAGUCUGGCGGGGCCGCAGGACAGCAUCUCCUCCGCCCUGCAGGGGGAGCUGGAGAGGAUCCUUCUGGAGGCACAGCUCGAGUGUGAAAGGAGUAGAGACAGUCCUCCACAGGUGGGGACUCCACAGUCCGCUGGUUCCCCAAGACCCACUAGUGACCAGGACAGUGACUGUGUCACCAUACAGGAGGAAGGUGAGCGGCGAGGGGACACUGAUUGGGUGUGGGAUUGGUCCAGUAGACCUGAAAAUAUGCCACCAAAAGAGUUUGUGUUUCAGCACCCAAAGCAGCAGGCAUCCCUCAGUGUUAGGAAGACAGAGGUGAUGAAGAGAGGAAUCUUCUCCUCCGACGUUCUCCUCAUCCUUGGUCCCUCACUGCUGGCUUCACACCUGAUCACACUUGGAGUCGGGAUCUACAUAGGAAAGAGAUUGGCCGCUUCCACAACCAGCACGCUGUGAUGCCACUAUGCCACUGCCCCUACUCAAGGUCUGGCCAAUAAGGUCACAGUCCACGCUCUCUACCGCACUAAUUUGCCUCCUUCCUUUUUCGUCAUGGGGCAACCUUAGGACCCUUCCCGUCUGUACCUCUGUCUCUCUGUUCAUUUCUACCGGGUCUACCAAGCAGCACUCUGCCAGUCUGUCUUUCUGUCUGCCUCUCUCAGUCUGUGUGUGUCGUAGGGCCAAGGAAGCAGAUGGAUGCCGACCAAUGAGUCAGACUGAGGUCACUAUUACUCUCCCGGAGAGUAACACUGAUCUCAACCAGCUAAAGUAUAAUCAGAGAGGAGAGACUGUCCCAAUACAAGAGAAAGGAGAGAAAGAGAGUUUUACCCAGCUAGAACAAUAAAUCCCUUAGAUAGGAGGAGAUGAAAAUGGUUAGUUGGGAACCGUAUGUUCGGAUGAAAUGAGAAAGAUAAUAUGUGGUAGCCUUUUGCCCCAACCUAUGAAAAAGCAAAAUGUCUGUCAUUUGUCAAAAGUAAUGACCCUAUGUAAGACUGAGCUACUACAGUAAAAGUGGUUAGUGGGUUUUUUCUGCCUGAAAGUGUUUCUAACGUAGAGAGUUUUAGUUGGCUGAGUGAAUGUAGGAGUGGCUCUGGUUGUGCUUUUUGUCCCGUAAACCAAUUAAAUAUUUGACCUUUGACAAAGACAAUCACGAUCCCAUUAAACUUCACUCCUCAAAACCUUAA